AUGAAUUUCGAGGGCGUGCGGCAGGACUUCGACUACGACCGCGUGGGGGAGAAGGGCGGCAGGGGCGGGCCGCUGAAGCGCAGAUGGAUGGUGGCGUGUGCCUGCGUGGGGGCCCUGGCCCUGGCGCUGUUCGUGCUGGUGGUCGUCGCCCUGGCGCGUCCGCGGAGGGCCUGCGAGGCCGGUGAGUCGCUGGCGUUCCACUGCCUGUACGCGCUGGGCGGCGGCGUGGCGCACAAGGACAGCCUGAACUUCCCGCAGCUGCAGCGCGAGGAGUGCGCGUCCACGUUCGAGCGGUACUUUGAGGAGGGGGGCCAGUACGAGCGCGACCUGGACAUCGCCCUGAACGCCGCCCAGGCGUACUUUGGCAACGCGACGCUCUUCCCGGAGGUCAAUUCAUCCAUGGUAGCCAUCUUCGACGUCGACGAGACUUGCCUAUCCAACCUGGAAGACAUGCGGAACGAAGACUGGGACAGGGAGUACAGCAAGCAGAAGAGCCGGGAGUGGAUGUUGCAGGCCAGGGCGCCAGCAAUCCCCCAGACACUUGCUGUGUACAAGAUGCUGUGGAAAAAGGGAUUCGGACUUACUUUCAUCACAGGGAGAUCUGAGGAGCUGCACAAUGCAACUGCUGUGAACCUGAAGAAAAUGGGUUAUGGAUCAGCCUGCUCUAAAGAUGGGAAGGGCAUGAAAGGCGAUGAGCCCUGCUACAUGGAGUUGGGGAUGAGGAACAACAGCACUGACGUGGGGAAGAAAGCGACGAUCUACAAAUCGGAAAAGCGUGAGGCGUUCUUGGAGCAGCACAAAGGCAGUCAGUUUGUUGCAGCAUUUGGCGACCAGUUUUCAGACCUGCUAGGCGAAUUUGGGGCAGCAGCGCUGUUCAAGCUGCCAAACCCUGUCUACUAUAUUGUGUAA